UCAUCGGGGGACAUGAAGCCCAGCCCCAUUCCAGACCCUACAUGGCCUAUCUGGAAAUACAAGAUGGACAGGUUAAAAGAAUGUGGAGCGUUCCUGGUGAAGAAAAACUUUGUACUGACAGCUGCUCACUGCAAUGGAGACAAGAUCACUGUCAAUAUGGGAGCCCAUAACAUUGGGGAACAGGAACGGAACCAAGAGAAAAUCGCCGUCCACCACCAGAUUCCCCAUCAGCAAUACAAAAAGAAGACCCUUAACAUUGACAUCAUGCUGCUGCAGGGUGAUUCUGGUGGCCCCUUGGUAUGUGAGAGUGUGGCCCAGGGCAUCGCUUCAUAUGUUGACGUGCAUUUGUGGGAGCCAAGCGUGUUUACAAGACUCUCCACCUUCAUCCCCUGGAUCCAAAACAUUCUGCAGAAACAGCAUUAGAGGAGACACCCAUUUUCCUGGCUCUUUCCCUGGCUAGACCAGCCAUGGGCUAACAAGGCUUUGCAGAUUAUCUUCAUUAGUCUUAGAAAAAUGCUAUGAAUUGAUUGGUUCCCCUGAGCUGCUUUACUUCCCAUUCUCCUCCCAGCACCUCACUCUCAGCUCCCGUACAGUCCGGUGACCCCACCGCGGAUAGAUCCAGACAGGUUUCUAUGCCCAGCUCCCUCCAGCCCAGAGUCUUGAAGAGCUGUCCUGGGGCUGCGAGCUCCUCCCUGCCCUGAGCUGGACAAUGGGACAGACCCCAGCUGGUGUCAAUGGCCCAUAGCUCCAUUGAUUUACUCAGCGCUGGAUCUGAACCAUGGUUUCAUAGAAUAUAGAAUAUCAGGGUUGGAAGGGACCUCAGGAAGUCAUCUAGUCCAACCCCCAAAGGCCCCUAGAGCAGUGGUCUCCAAAGUUUUUGGAUCGUGCACCCCAGGGUGCCGCCGAAAGAGGAAGGGAAGACCUACCGCAGGAGUGCCGCCGAAGAAAGAAAACGGGAAGACCUGCCGCAGGCGUGCAGAGUUGCCGUCAAAGAAAAAAAACGGCAGAGUGCCGUUCGGCGACUCUCCUCCUGCCGCGCACCCCCUGGGAUCCUCUGGCGCAGCCCCUGGGGUGUGUGCACCCCACCGUGGAGACCACUGCCCUAGAGACACGCCGACGCCCCCUGAGCAGAUCAGACCCCUGGGCUCUGCUCUCACAGCCUGUCCUACUAACUGCUCCCUCCCUGCAACCUACCACAGCACCAGAGCUCUCAACUCCCCCAUCACCUGCUAACCCCGACCUGCCCCGACAUCCCCAGCACAGAGGCGCUUACUCUCCCUUGCAGUGAGCGGCCGUCAGUACGAAGUUUUUCUUCCCCAGGAACCCUCCACAUUCUUUUAACCUGUCCAUCUUGUAUUUCCAGAUAGGCCAUGUAGGGUAUGGAAUGGGGCUGGGCUUCAUGUCCCCCGAUGAUCUUACCUGCGGGGAGACCAGGUUCAUAUAAAAACUCCCAUCGUCUCCCUGGCUGGGCUGGGACCGAGCUCCCCAUCCCAAAGGGGAGUCCCCACAGCCUCAACCCACCCCCUGUGAUGCUCUCCCUGGGGGAUCCCUAUGCCUGGAACCCUGCCCCCUGCUCAGCUCUCCCCCACACUGGACACCCCAUGGGGCCGGAGGAUAAAUCUAAAGCUCUGACCUGCCUGGGUGGAGAAUCAGUACCAAACGCACCGGGAGUGGGUCAGUAAUCGCACUGCCUUGAGUCAACGGCAUUGGGGGCCAA